AUGGAGGUGCGGCUUGAUGCCAAGGUCCCAGGCACUGUGCUGCUGCGUGACGAGGGCAGUGGGGCUGUGUUCUACAUCACCAACAGCAACGUGCAGCAGUUUGACCUGACUGAUGAUUAUGUGGUGAUGGCGCUGUUUGGGGACGGCUCCUGGGAGGAUGACAUGCAGCGGCUGCAGGCCCGCGAGGAGGAGGGGGGCGGCGGCGAUCUGGUGGACGUGGUGAUGGACCAGGAGUCCUUUAGGGAUCUCAUCAGUGUCAUGUACGACUGA